AUGCGAUCCAUCACUGUCGUAUCAUCAUGUUUGGCCUACUCGACGCUCUUUGGAGGCCUGACGAUAGCAUCACUGACCGGAAAUUACGACUUCUCAAGCUUUCUCACGGUAGAGACCUCCAAUGGGCCGAUUAAGGGCCACCUCGCCUCGAACAACUCCAGUGUGUUAGAGUAUCUUGGCAUCCCAUAUGUCAAGCCUCCUGUCGGCAACUUGCGUUUUGCUCUGCCUGAAAGUUUUACCAGCAAUCGUUCUUAUGAGGCGUCUAAGUUUGGCUUUGAUUGCCCUCUCUCUCCUUCGCCUCAGAUCGACUAUCCAGGCAUGACGCCCCAAGCACAGCGGAUCAUCGAAUACUUCGCAUCAGCUGCUGGGACACCACAGAGCGAAGACUGCUUGACGCUGAAUAUUUGGACAAGACGGACCAACAAAGUCCGCUCUUUCGGGAAACCUGUCAUCGUUUUCUUCUACGGUGGACGCUUUGCAAUCGGCAACACAUACAGUCCUUUCUAUAACGGGAAAUAUUUUGCAGCAGCUCAGGACAUAGUCCUAGUUACUGUAAACUACCGCCUUAACAUUUUCGGCUUCCCCGGAGCUCCAGGGCAUCCUCAGAACCUCGGCCUGCGGGAUCAACGGGCAGCCGUUGAAUGGGUACGUGACAACAUUGCUGGGUUCGGUGGUGACCCGAUCAAGAUUACUAUUGCAGGCCAAUCCUCGGGCGGUGUCGCCGUUGACUACUGGUCUUAUGCCUACACAAAGGACCCCAUUGUCAACGGUAUCAUCGCGCCCUCAGGCAACGCCUUCAGCUUCCCACUUAACAGCCCGGGGGUACCGGAGCGGAACUGGAACUCGAUUGUGGCGACAGUCAAUUGUACGAAUGCCACAGACGUAAUGGAAUGCAUGCGCGCGCAGAAAUGGGAGGAUAUCAAAGCUGCCGCGGCUACCGUUCGCCCGACGUCGAGCAGCAGUGUCCUCCGAGCCAUUCCGCCAUUUUACCCCACGGUUGAUAACGAGCUUGUUUUCCCAGAUUACGUAUCUUUGACCAAGUCCGGGUCCUUCUCCCAAUUGGUGUGUUUCAUCCAAUCAAUUUGA